GGCGCUCGUCCUCUGGCCCGCCUCUCCGCUCGCCGCAGCCGAGGCUCCUCCUUCGUCCAGCCUCCGGGGCGGGGUCUGUUGGCUUGCCCUACCCUCGCCGCCUAAGCCUGCACUCCGCCAGACGGGUCCCCUCCCCGCGGCACCACGGCUUCCCUUCCACAGCACGGCGACGGGGGCUUCCCCUCAGCCGCCGCCGCCGCCGCCUCGGUCUCCGCAGCCGGCCAAGCUCCGCCGCGUCCGCGGCCCCCGGCCGCCAUGCAGUUUAUGUUGCUUUUUAGUCGUCAGGGAAAGCUGCGGCUGCAGAAAUGGUAUGUCCCACUCUCAGACAAAGAGAAAAAGAAGAUCACAAGAGAACUUGUUCAAACCGUUUUAGCUCGGAAACCUAAGAUGUGCAGCUUCCUUGAGUGGAGAGAUCUGAAGAUUGUUUAUAAAAGAUAUGCCAGUCUAUACUUUUGCUGUGCUAUUGAGGACCAGGACAAUGAACUGAUUACCCUGGAAAUAAUCCAUCGUUACGUGGAAUUACUUGACAAGUAUUUUGGCAGCGUGUGUGAACUUGAUAUCAUCUUUAAUUUUGAGAAGGCCUAUUUUAUUUUGGAUGAAUUUCUUUUGGGAGGAGAAGUUCAGGAAACGUCCAAGAAAAAUGUCCUUAAAGCAAUUGAACAGGCUGAUCUCCUGCAGGAGAAAACAGAGAAUAUGUUUCACAGCAAGAGUAUCAUUGGGUAUAAGAAAGCGUACUAGAAUACAAGCUGGAGUACAGACAUGCAUCAAAAUCCACGCCAUGAAUAUUUUAAUGUCCCUGUGUACUAAGUGACUGCUCAUCGACUAUGCAGAAUUUCACAGAGGAAAUAGAGAACUGAUAUACUUAUGAAAGAAAAUGUCCUCAGCUUGGUGACUAAUUCUCCUGUAAAAAGAUAAAAAGCAUCUUAGAGCUAGUACCUUUAUGAUUGUAUUUUUCUGUGCACAUUCCUAAUUCUAUUUUCAUUCUGUAUAUGAUAUUGAUAAAUAGUUUAUUUCUGUCUACUACUGUUUUCUUCUUGACAAAAAUGGCUUGUGAAUAUUUUGAUUAAUAUCCUAAACACAUACAAGUUAUUGUUAGUAAACCAUCUGUGAUUAAUCUUAUGAGAGUAUAACAGAAAGGCUGGGCAAUCACAAAUGUUUACCAAAGAAAAUAGUUAUGAACUCAGGCAAAGUUAGCAGCACCACAGUAUUUAGUCCAUUGUGUGUUGAAGAAAACCAAGCUUUAUUUAACACUAAGAUUAUCUUACAGUCUAUAUGAGCUAGUAUGUUCAACUGUAUCACAUAAAAGUAUAUGUUGAAGCAAUAUAAGAAAGAAAAAUCAUUUAUAAUUAUAGAAGACCUAAGGUUCAAACAUUGACUUUUCAAGAAAUUUUGUAGUGCCAAUAUUGAUUGAGCCGCAUGUAUGCAGUGUCAAACAGUCCCUCUGACCAUCACAAAGCUGUCACAAAGUCUCCUGAAACGUCUGUUGCUCGCUAACUCGUUUGAAGUAGUAAUACUGAGCCUAUUUACAUAAUAAGACAAUUUUGAUAUUCAUUUUCAGUAUCCAAACAUUUUUAUUUAUUAGUUAAUGGCUUCCUAAUUAAUAUAUUAAGCCUUCUAAACACUCAGUGCUGUGUUAACUAUGGUUGUAUAUUUUGAAAUACUAAAAGCUUUUAAUAUUAAUUUUAUAUAAGUAUGCUUUUAAAAACAUUUAGCAUAUUUUAUUAUAAAAAGUACCAGAUAACUCAUUGUUUAUAUUUAGGGAAUUUAGAGCUUAAGUAAAUUGUCAUUAAACAAUAACUUCAGAGGCAUGGUAGGGCAUGACUGUCAUCCUAGCACUUGGGAGGCUGAGGCAGGAGAUGAAUUACUAUGCUACUGAGGGAGUCCUUGUCUCAAAAGACAAAAAGUAAAUAUGCCAAAAAAUACCCAAACCAGUUUCUCACUGAAAGAUCUAUGGAAAUGUUUUAGGAAACGUAGUAUUAGGCAGCUGUAUAUAGAUCAACUAUCUCCAUUACCAUCUGAAGCAUCACAAAACAUUGGUCUUUCAUUUCCAUUUUUUCCAUCCUCCCACCCUACAUGUUGUUCAUCUGAUUUUAAUGUUGCAUAAAUAUGCAUUGUCUCAUGCCUGUUUGUUUUGGAUGCUGUGUGCUGAGCUGUAACAAAAUGUUGCGCUUUUUUUUGAGGGGGGGUAUCUGUAUACAGCUGCUUGCUUUAAAUUAGCAGAUUCUGAAAGAGCUUUUCUUGCAUGUCUAAAAUAAAGUAUUGCAUGUACUUUGUCUCA